AUGUUUUCCUUGCUACUCGCAGGAUCUACUUUCGUAGGAGCUGUUUAUGCAGCUUCUAAUGUUUCAACCUCCCUUGCAGGUACAACUAUAACGACCGAUUAUGGAACUUUUACCUAUUCGGAAGCUUCAGUAUGUGCAUGCUCUCAACUAUCAACUACUUAUCCGGAGCACCUCUACUUUCCAAGUACCUCAAACUACACACACUACAAUCUUGAGGCAUGGGAUAUCAGAACUAAUGCGGAUCCGGCUUGUAUCUUCAGCCCUAUCGAUGCCGAUCAAGCGGCAGCUGGAGUAGGAAUCAUCACUACUUGUGAUGCUCAAUUUGCUAUUCGUGGUGGAGGUCAUAUGAAUUUCCCUGGAGGCAAUAAUUUAAACGGUGGUGUGAUGGUAGCUCUUGCUGGUUUGAAUGACCUUCAAAUUUCUGCCGAUAAUACCGCUGUGGAUGUUGAUCCAGGUGGUCGUCUUAAAACCAUUGGUGUUCCUGGUCUUACUCUUAUUGGUGGUGUUCAUUACUUCAACAACAAGUAUGGAUACGCAAUGGACAAAGUUGUGAACUAUGGUGUUGUUCUUGGAAAUAGUACUCAAGUCAAAACAUCUGCAGAUUGCAACCCCGACCUCUUCUGGGCAUUAAAAGGUGGUGCCAAUAAUUUCGGUAUCGUCACCAAGUUCACACUCAACACAUUCGAUAUUCCUCUCGUCAGCACUACGAUCCAAGUAUUCGACGAAAGUGGAAUCGAAGCUUUCCUUCACGCUACAUGUGAUUUAGCUUCCAAUAACGAUCCUUCAAUUGCAGCUAGAGCAGUUAUUACUACUACAUACAAUACGACAACAGGAGCUAUGUCUACAUCUCUUCUAGGUGUUCAAGCUGGAACCGAAAGUCCGCCAUCUAGAUUCGCAAACUUUUCAGCGGUCCCGGUAGUAAAAUCUAUAAAUAAUGUUUCUUCAAUGGCUACUUGGGCAGCAAAACUCGAUUCCCCUCUUCAAAUGUUCCGAGUCGAAUUUACGGUUCAUUCUAUGAAACCAAAUGGAACGGUUCUCUAUCAAAUGUGGCAAAUGUGGAAGGCUGCAGUCGAGGAUGUUAAAGAUGUUGUUAGUUUCUACCCAACUUUCGUCACAAACCUUGAUCCUAAAAGUGCCAACACUGUCGCGAAGACCAAUGGUAUUGGCAAUGUAUGGGGAAGGGAUGAUACUGAAUCCGCUAUUUUCAUAGGAGAAAUCCAUAACUUUGCUAUUGCGAAUAAUGUCUCGAGUGAAGAAACGGAUUUCAUCUAUAUGGGUGAUGCUGGAGGAUGGCAAAAUCCAUUCUCUACAAUGCCAGCGGAAAAUGUGGAGAAGAUAAUAACUAUUAGGGAGAAAUAUGAUGUUGAGGGUGCAUUUUCGCGUUUGAACUGGGGUGGAUUCAAAAUUCCUUCUUUGAGGGGUUGA